AUGCAGCCGGCUCCAAUGUCGGGCUCUAAGCCCCAUAACACCGCACCGACAUAUGCACCAACGUGGGGUUCUCUGCCAUGGGAACUACGGUAUAUGAUACUUGAAAUCAUUAUGAGACAAACUUCUGGUUGGGGCGCCUGCGCUUCUGUUUGUAAGGAGUGGCAAGCUAUACUAGAGAAAGAAAGCUUUCGCCAGCUGAAGUUACAAGUACCAUGCUUAGCUGAUAUGGAAGCUAUGAUUGGUGUAAAACAAGCACAGCUUGUCAGACAUAUCUGGCUGAAUAUCGAGCUAAAGUCAUAUACAUGUCGAAGUUGUCAGAACACUGAAAGUUAUUCAUGGAUUUGCGGAAAUAAUAAAGUGGUUAGAGAAGGAAUCGCGAAGCUUUUUUGGAUCUUGUCUCGAUGGCCAGUGGUAGAAGGAGCAAAGCUGACACUGGAGCUCAGCAUCCAAUCUCCUAGUGAUAGGGAGCAUUGUUUUAAGAACCUCUAUUUUGGAGGUGGUGGCGAGGAUGCUGAUUUGGAAUUCGACCGGUCUGGUCAUCAAUCACAUAACCUCGACUCAAAGCAUUCGUUUCACGACUCUCAGCAUGGCUGGGUGAAUGGACGUCAGGUCGAUGCCCCUAAAGCAAUGGCUUUAUUACGAAUCUUCGAGCCUCUCUAUUUCAAAUUCAAGGAAGACCUCCCUCAAGUUAAAGCGGUGACACAAUUUGUACUUCGUCGACAAUGUCGAAGAAAGAUUGAACCUCGAGUGAUGGGAUCUCUUUUCGAUAAACUUCCUCGAUUACAGUCAUUAAUCUAUGAGCCAUGGCAAAGCUGGGAUAAGUUGGCACAAGAUUUUAUUUGGGAUCACGAAUACUUCAACCUUAUCGAAUCUCAUUUACCACAAACACUCCAGCAAAUAUCAGUAUUUGAAGAGACCAACGAAGAGUAUAUUACGUUGCUUCGAGGCGGGUUACAAAUCACUAAGCCUGGCAUAAUCCGGAUCACAUCACCUACGGUCAGUGCUGCCUUCGCAAAAAGGAGUCUUGGUCUCGAGCAGCUCUCCGUUACAUUCAUGAUUGAUGCUUUGGACUUCUUUCGUUCAUGCCAGCAAGACUGGGUUUGGAGCCACAUGAGAUCCCUCACUCUUACAUCAAGGAUACUUACCCAAACAGAAAAUCUCGAAAUAAACAAGCUCAUGAGAAGUGCUGCUAUAAGUGCACUUUUAAUACCACAUUUACAUACAAUGGUAAUAUGGAAUGGUCGCAAGGGCGAAGCUUUCAAGAUUUUCUAUCACGUAAGGUCCACUUAUGCUUGUAUUGGGUGGCGUGGAACAUGGGAUUUAAAGCUGAAACCUGGUGUAAUACGCAAUUGGCAGAGGGUUGCGGAUAAGAAUACUAAGCAUGACCUUCAAGUCAUCCCAGAACCCCUCAUUUUAACAAGCAUCGACUCUCAUGCUCAUGCCAUCGAGCUCCUAGACUUACCCUUGGAGGUGGUCCAUCCAGUAUCUUUAGUACAGAUGCAAAGAGAAGCUGAAUCGAGUUGGUAUAGGCAUAGACAGGCUUAA